UAGUACAUCCAAUUCCAAAACGGUCUAAAACCCUGGGAGGGAGGAGGCUACUGGGGGAGAAACAAAGUAACCGUCUUCUUCCUUAAACCCAUCAUCCAUCAUCUCUUCACGUUUUCUUCACCACCCAACCCUAAUUCCUUUCAUUCAAAUUCUCUUCACCCUCACCCCCACUUCAUUUUCAGACCCUCCUGGCUCCAAUGUCGUCGGCCUUCGACCAUGUUAAGGACAUGCACGACGCCUCUCUCAAGCCUCGCUUCCUCCACACCCUCAUCAGAGACCACCUCCCCGACGAUAACCUCCCCUCCCGCACCUCAUUCGACCUCUCCAACCUCGUCCACAUGAUCAAAACCCACAACCUCCUCUCCGAGUCCGUACAAGAUCCCACGGACCAGAAGCUUACCACUCACUGGAGAUCCGCCGUUGAUUCCUGGGUCGACCGCUUGCUGCUUCUCGUUUCCAGUGACAUGCCAGAUAAAUGCUGGGCCGGAAUUUGUUUGCUAGGAGUGACUUGUCAGGAAUGCAGCUCUGAUCGAUUCUUGGCAUCAUACUCUGUUUGGUACCAGAAGCUUGUAUCACCUCUUCAGUCUCCGACAACUUCUCAGUUCGUGAAGGUGGCCUCUUGUGCUUCAAUGUCAGAUCUCCUUACAAGGUUGGGUGGAUUUCCACUUGUUAAGAAAGAUGGAACUGCCCAUGCUGGGAAACUCAUUCCAUCAGUUUUGAAGUUGUUAGAUGAUGAUCACUCGGAGGUUGUUUGGGAAGAAGCAGUUCGAUUGCUAUGCAUAUUCAUAUCUUUCUUUCCAAUUUCCAUCAGUCGUCAUUAUGACAGUGUUGAAGAUGCUAUUGCUUCAAAAAUUUUGUCUGGAAAAUGUAGUUUCAAUAUGCUGAAGAAACUUGCUCAUUGCCUGGCAUUAAUACCAAAAUCAAAAGGAGAUGAGGAAAGCUGGUCAUUAAUGAUUCAGAAGAUUUUAUUGUCAAUUAAUCGUCAUCUGAAUGAUGUUUUCCAGGGUUUUGAGGAAGAAACUAAACGUCAUGAAGGUAUUAGACUUUUGGUUCCUCCUGGGAAAGACCCCCCUCCCCCCUUGGGGGACCAUACAUUAACAGGAGAAGCCUCAGAAGAUGCAAGAAAGAGGUCUCAUAGUUCACUGGUCUCCAGUGUCUCUACACUGAUGAUAUGCUGCUCUACAAUGCUAACCAGUUCAUACCCUGUUCAGGUGACCGCCCCUAUUCACUCCUUAUUAGCCCUUAUUGAGAGAGUAUUGGAUGUGGAUGGCUCCUUGUCACGCUCCUUGCGGCUGUUUAUGACUGCCAUGCAGCAAGAGUUCGUUUGUUCGGAACUUCCACAUUUGCACUCGUAUAGUUUGGACCUCCUUACUGCAAUCUUUAAGGGUGUCCGCAGUCAAGUUUUACCGCAUGAAGCACAUAUAGUGCAUUUGCUUUCAGUGUACUUAAAAAGAUGUGUAUUGCCAGAAUUGAGGGUUAAGGUCUACUCAAUCACAAAGAUUUUGCUGAUAUCCACGGGUGUCGGAGUGGGAGUAUGCCUUGCACAGGAAGUCGUGAACAGCGCUUUUGUUGACUUGAAUCCCAUUGUUACGGAGAAUAGUAGUGCCAGCGCAAAGCCCUCAACCGAAGCAUUGCUCCAAACACCACAACCUAGCAAUAGAAAGAGGAAGCAUGGAACUUCGAUCACAUCUCUCGAGGUGCAUAACCCAAGUAGUUUGGAGUUGGGAACCCCCAAGAACAAUACAAGAUGUUCAAUUUCUGUGCAAAUAGCCGCACUUGAGGCAUUAGAAGCUCUUCUGACUGUGGAUGGUGUAUUUAAAUCUGAAGGAUGGCGAUCAGAUGUUGAUCUUCUUCUAAUAAACAUAGCUACAAAUUCCUUGAAAGGGGGACUUGCUAGUGAGAACACAAGCAUUUAUCAGCCAAAUGAACCUACUGAUGUUUGGGGUGAUAUACAGCUUGCAGCUCUGCGUGCACUUUUGGCGUCUUUCUUGUCUUCAUCUCGUGUCCGUCCCCCUUACUUAGCUCAGGGUGUUGAUCUUUUCCGUAGAGGCAAGCUUGAAAGUGGUACCAAACUUGCUGAAUUUUGUGCUCAUGCUCUCUUAGUCUUAGAGGUGCUUAUACAUCCCAGGGCCCUCCCACUGGCAGAUUUCUCCAAUACGACUAGCAUUGAUGAAAGAGUUCACCACAAAUACCCAGGAAAUAUCUACUCUGGUAGUCUAAAGCACAGAACCUCACAUUCAACUGACAUGCAGGGAACGGUGCAUGAUGCUCCUAAUUUAUAUCACGAUGAACUGUACUCAAGCUGGAUUGAAACCAGUAAAGAAAUGGUAGCACCCGGGAAUGACCUAGGCAAGACCAUGCAGAUUGGAGAACCAUCCAAAAUUGCAGCAGUUCAUGGCAAUCAAAUUAUUUCAGCAGAUGCUUCACUUAGCAAAGAAAAUGAAGCCAGAAGGGAAAAGGAGAUUGUAGCAGCGACCAUUGACUAUGUGAAGAUUAGAGGAAAUGGAGAUGACAGUAUGGUCGAACCUCUUCCUGAAGACAUGGAAAUGGAGCAAUAUCAAGGAGUUACCAAUAUGGUCGCAGAUCCUGAGAACAGCAAGGGAUUUGCAUAUGGGAUAACUAAUGAUUCGGAUACAGACUCAAUUCCUGAUAUUGUGGACGUCGGUCCAGAUUCUGAUUCUGAAUGAUGCUGAUACCAAAAUUACAGUUAUGUUCGGUCUAUUUUGUUGAAAUUUUUAGUCAUAUUUCCUAUCCUA